UAUUUAAAAAUUAUGUGAUCAUCAUACGGACAAAGCGCGACUGGUAAUAAAUAUGCAUCAGCGAUGUUUUUGUUUUGUUAAAAGUACGUUAGUAUUGUUGUAUUGGUUAAUUUAACAACGUCAAUUAGUGGUUUCCUCCACGGGUAAAGGAUGGACAAAGAUGGCUGCUACAAAGAGAUCAGAUGCAAGUGAUACACUGAUGUUUUUAGCACUGACCAAUCAUAUCUUGUAUGUCCAUUUAAAGAAUCUCAAGAACGGAAGUGAUUGGUGUGUAGGCUGCAAGGACAGGUGACAGAAUUUUGAAUUAAAAUUGAGGUUAUAUUUAUGGUGAAGAAGGAUAAGUUUGUUUUUAUUGAACAAUGAAUGAAUCAAAUAAAAAACAAAUUAUGUUUAACAUGAUACAAAAAUCAAAAGAAGAAAAUCAAAAUGCAUUGCAAAAUAGGAAAGAUCCAAGAAAAAAAUCAAUUUACUUUCAAAAAAGUUCUAGUGGUGUUUUUAGCUCUAUAGAUUCUUGUGAAGACUAUGUCAUUGAAACAAACACUUCAGUUCCUACUACAAGUUCUGAUAAAAGAAAUAUUGAAUUCAGUCUACCUAACUUACCGGGGUCGAAAAAGUUAAAAUUAGAUAAUACUGCCAAAAUUGAAGAGCCUCAACAAUGUUUACAAGAUACACUUGAUUCUGUUAAUAUAUCAAAAUUAUUAGAAAAGAGUAGUCCCGCAGAAAAGAAUGAAUAUGAUGCAUUUGCCAAUUACCUUAGUGGUGUUACUCCUAAAAACAAUGCAAGCAAAGAAAAAGGUUUAAAAAAAGAUGUAAACUCUUCAAUUAGCACAAGCAAUGAAGAUCUUUUUGGCUCACAAUUUCUUGAUACUCAAACUUUAAAUCAAAUUGAUAUCAAUAUAGAAAAGAACAAUACAUCCCUUAAUAACAAUGUUAAACAGGUCUGUGCAAAUGAUGAUAACAAACAAUUACAAUUUCUUGAUACUCAAACUUUAAAUCAAAUUGAUAUCAGUAUAGAAAAAAACAAUACACCUCUCAAUAACAAUGUUAAACAGAUCUGUGCAAAUUCUUCCAUAAAUGAUGAUACCAAACAAUCACAAUUUCUUGAUACUCAAGCUUUAAAUCAAAUUGAUAGCACUAUAGAAAAAAACAAGAAACCUCUAAAUAAUAACAAACAGAUAUGUGCAAAUUCUUCCGUAAAUGAUGAUACAAAACAAUCACAAUUUCUUGAUACUCAAUCUUUAAAUCAAAUCGAUAGUACUAUAGAAAAAAACAAGGCACCUCUAAAUAAUAACAAACAGAUUUGUGCAAAUGACUCAGUCAACAAUGACAUCAAACAGGUUCAGAAAGAAGGGGACGAUCAUAAAUUUGCAGUUCCUUUAAAGUUAUGUUUUAAAGAAAGGAUCAAAUCCAAAGUAUCAGUGAAUGAGACAUUGAUCGACAAAGAAAUCGGAGAAAGAACUGUACUAUUUGAAAACGAAAAAGUUACUACUGAGUACAGGAGAGAAGUGGAUCAAAUAUUUGAACAAAUUGAAAACUCCAUAUGUGCUAUGGGUGAAGAGAGUUCAAAAUAUAACAUACCUGAAGAAUUCUUAGAUAUAAUAUUUAAUGAUGAUUUCGAAACAUCUCCAGAUAAAAAAGAGAUCACAGAAAAACCUAGUACUUCUUCAGAUUCCCAACUUUCUACUUCUAGAAUGGAUCUGAGUUUUGGCUCUCUUAUUAAGAAAGCACUUAUAAAAAAUUCUACAAAGUCUCCCGGGGAAAGAAAAAAGGUUGUUGAUGUAUUGAAUUUAUCAAUUAAUGAGUCAAAAUCAGUAUUUGUGCCUUUAGGUCCAUUUUAUGGGCUUCCAUUGAAAGUUAAACAGUUAAUACAACAAUAUAAAGGAAUAGAAGAACUUUAUGAUUGGCAAGAUGAGUGCUUAAAGUUACCUGCCAUAGAAAGUAAAAGGAAUCUGAUCUAUGGUUUACCUACAAGCGGUGGAAAGACCUUGGUGGCAGAGAUUCUGAUGUUUAGAGAACUGUUGUGUUGUAGAAAGAACGCAAUUUUUAUUCUACCUUAUGUUUCUAUAGUACAGGAAAAGGUUUGGGCAAUAUCUCCUUUUGGCGUCGCACUAGAUUUUCUAGUUGAAGAAUACGCAUCUAACAAAGGCGUUUAUCCUCCGCGAAAGAGAAGAAGAAAAAACUCGAUCUACAUAGCUACCAUUGAAAAAGCUUUAGGUAUAAUAAAUAGUUUGGUAGAGACUGGAAGACUGCACGAAGUAGGCCUUAUUGUUGUUGACGAAUUUCACUUAAUUGGAGAAGAUGGAAGAGGUCCUACUUUAGAAGCGUCUUUAACGAAAAUUAUGUAUUUAAAAGCUAAUAUACAAAUCAUAGCUAUGAGUGCCACGAUAGGGAACAUAGCAGAUUUGUGCAAGUUUUUGAAUGCGGAUGUUUAUACUAAGAACUUUAGACCAGUAGAAUUGACAGAGUAUGUUAAAUGUACUAAUAAAAUAGCGAAAGUUAAUUGGAAUUAUACAAACGAAGAAGAUAUAUUAACGGAUCAUAAGAAGAUCGAUUUUAAGUAUUCCGAUUCAAUUCAAAAAUUGGAUCCUGACAUGUUAGGUGGUCUUGUUAUGGAGGUAAUCCCAAAUGGGUCUUGUUUGAUAUUUUGUCCGUCGAAGAAGAAUUGUGAAAACGUUGCCAAUCUGUUGUGUAAACUUUGUAAACCGGAAUUAAAAAAGUACAAGCAGGCGGAGAAAGAACAAUUAAUCCAUGCUUUAAAAGAUGAAGGAGGAAUACUCUGUGAUAUUUUAGCUGUAUCUAUUCAAUAUGGGAUCGCUUAUCAUCAUUCAGGUUUAACGAGCGACGAAAGACGCAUCAUCGAAGAAGGCUUUAGGGCAGGCAUCAUUUACGUGAUAUGCUGUACGUCAACGCUGGCAGCUGGCGUCAAUUUACCCGCUAAAAGAGUAAUACUAAGGUCUCCUUAUAUAGGAAAGGAUUUCAUCAAUCUCUCUAGGUAUAAACAAAUGGUUGGAAGAGCGGGAAGGGCUGGACUUGGAGAAACUGGCGAAAGUAUUUUGAUAACUCAACCACCAGAUUUGCCGAAGGUUGUAGAGUUAAUGAUGUCACCUAUGAACAGAGCUAUGUCUGGAAUGCAUCUCGCGGAGGGAAAAGGGUUGAGACAUCUGCUGCUCAGCUGCAUAAGUUUAGGAAUAGCCAAUACUAGAGCAAAAUUACACGAAGUUACUGCUCACACAUUGUUAUCAGUCCAAAGUGAUCAACAAGAAGUCAAUAUUAAACAACUCACCGACAAAGUGAUUAAGAAUCUGUUUAAAUUGGGUGCUCUUAAGGAAUUGGAUGUGGUCUAUAAGGAAGAAACCAACACCAAAUGUGAUGUGUCUGUCAGAAUGGAUACGUCUAUCCAAGAUACUUCUCUUAGCGAAAAUAUUAUAACAACACCAACAAAAAAACGAAAAAGAACUAUUGUAUUGACUGACAAUACGAAACUAGUCGUUAGUGAAUUAGGAUGUGCCGCUAUAAAAGGUGGUUUGGAAUUAUCAAGAGCACAUGUGUUAUACGAAGAUCUAUAUGAAGCCCAAGCUUGUCUUGUUCUUCAAGGUCAUUUGCAUCUUCUAUAUCUAGUCACUCCAUACGAGACUGCAGACCAAAUUAAACCAAACAAACAAGUUUAUUAUGAAGUGUUUACCCGGUUAAAACCCAGUGAAUUAAGAGUAGCAAAAACAUUGGGCCUCAACGAAUCUGUAGCUGUGAAAAUGUUCUCAUCUAAUAACCCUAUUAAGAGUGUACCCGAGCGAAUAAUCAACAGGUUUUACGUAACAUUGAUGUUGUAUGAUUUGUGGAACGAGAUGCCGGUGUUUCAAGUAUCAGAGAAGUACCAGAUCAAUCGAGGAAUCGUACAAAAUCUGAUGACAAUCGCUGCCACAUUUGCCUCAAAUGUAGUCAAUUUUUGCGAAGAACUAGAAGAAUUCUGGGCAUACGCUUUUCUUCUGAAAGGAAUGAGCCAAAGAUUGUCUCAUUGCUGUGUUAAAGAACUGUUGCCGUUGAUGGAUCUGCCAGCUGUCAAACAGAGUCGUGCCAAACAACUGUAUAAUGCGGGUUUCAAGACUUUACAGAGUAUUGCAAAAGCAAACGUUAACGAUUUGGUACAAAAUAUAGAGUUCAUGUCCACUCGAGUGGCUAAUCAACUUAUAGCUGCAUCUAAGAUGUUACUGCUCGAGAAGGUUGAAAACUUAAGGGAAGAAGCAGAAGAUGUGUUGGAUGGUGCAGAUGUGACGAAAUAAAUGGGUGUCAUACAUGUUAUAAUUCUGGAAAUAAUUAUAUUUCAACUGAAGACCUAGAAUCAUAUUUUAUAUAUUCUGCAUAGAAUAAUAAUUAUAUGAUUUAAACAAAUAGUAAAAAGAACAAGAAAGUUACAAGUACUGAUUUUUGUUUUUAAGAUAUCCAAUUGUUUAUUUUUAUAAAAGAUUUUUAAAUAACUUUGUUUAACUUUUUUUUUAUAAUUUUUUAAUAAAAUUUAAUUCACA